UUCUUCCUCCACCUCACCUACAUACCAUUGUACUACUCCAUUACAGUUUAUCCGCUUUCAGCUUAAUUCUCGGGUCUAUUCCGUCUAGUUUUCCUUACCAGCAGCCUGUGUUAUUGGAAUCUGCGCAUCUGUCCGCCGUCGUAUGGUCGCACCAGCUUGCGAGAUUCAUCCGUCAUCAUGGCCUCGAACACACUGCCUUAUUUACAAAAACUGCGCAAGGACAGACUAGUCCAGCUCGCAGUAGACACGAACCUAUCAGAAUACGAGGAUCUCAAUAAGCCCGACCUUGUCAUAGCAUUAGACAAACACCUCCGCCAGCAUCAGGAUGAUUUCGACCAGAAUCCGAACUUUAUAGACUACUAUAAGCGCCUCUCGCUGCCUCCGCGCUCGACGCCCAGGAGGGAAAUCAAACCAGAUCCCUCGGCGACUCCAGACAGGGGCCUACGGAUGUCUACGCGCCGUCGCCGCAGGCCGGCCAGGUUAACUAGCAAUGACUCAGAGGAGGCGCCUUCAAAUGCGGAGUCCCCCACACCUUCCGAUGCAGCGGAAACUCCCGCUCGUCAGUCUCUGCUCCCGCAAGUCGCCAUACCGACGUCGCUGGCGACUGGCCCUCGGACCACGGAUCGCCCGACAAGAUGGACGCGCAAGCGCAUUUACGAUGCGCUGAGCGACUCCAGGCCAGUCCACUGGAUCAGUAUAUUGCGGGAGUGGCUAAGUGACUUCAAGGUGAUCCAGGUGCUGAUCGUUGUGAUGGAAGCUAUUUGGGUCGCCAUCCACCUCUUGCCGGUGCGAGGAUCGGCCUCCUGGCCCGAUUUUUUUCAUUUGGCCAGUAGCUCGGUCUGGGCGCCUUUCUCACUCUGGUUGCUGACCAACGUCCUGGUGCCACUGACGUUCGCAUUCUUCUGUAACGUCAGCAAAGCGACAAUCUUGCGCAAUCACAAUCGCGUCUAUUCCACGCGCAGCGUCAGCGUUGCUGCGAGUGAGGAGUCCAACAUCGAUUACCUAUCUUUCUGUAUUGCCAGGGGACUCAUUGGGUAUAUUAUAUACGGCAACAAGGUCUCCGUGGCAGGCCUCUUAAGCAGGUCUGCAAUUUCGAAGGUGAAUGCUGCGUAUCCAGGAAGAUGGGUUGGUAUGCUUAUUGCUGCAUCUAUCGGUGCUGUCGAGACGUUGUAUCAAGCUGUUCUGCGGAGGCAAUUCUAG